AGAGCGGGUCCUGAUCCCCCAACAAAACAAAACAGUGAUAUUCGAUACCUAUUCCGCCCCCCCUCCCGCUUCCACAAACUCUUCUUGGUUCGCUCACGAUUAUUGACUAGUUUUCAAUCCCUUACUAGUUUAGAAGGUGGGUCUUACAGGAAUUUUUGAUUGCCCCGACUAGAAUUACGUUUUAUCGAUUCGUGGGGAUUCCUGUGGCGGAAAAAUUUGAUUGCUUCCAGUCCCCCGCCGCAAAAUGGCGGCUCACGUGGGGCAUGUUAUCUCACCAAAGCAUGAGAAACCAAAAAGGUGAAGAAUACGCCAAAGGCAUGGCAAGGUUUAUUUGUGUAAAACAAAGCCUUAGAUGAAUAUUUCUAGCAUGUGAAUUAUUAAUUUGUACACAAAAUGAGUCGAAAUACUUCAAAACUUGUGGAAAAUUUGAGAACGCUACAUUUGCAAAUUGGUGCACAUGGACUUCUUGGCGCUCUAGAAAUAUCUUCGCAUGAAAAUGACCAGCAAAAUGGCAAUAGCAGUAAAAACAAAGCAAGAGAAAUAUCGAACAAUGUUGCAGCAUUGCCUAUCGAUUUGGUCGGAGAGGUUUCCAAGGAUAUCAGCAAGUAUAAAGUCGUUAGCAAUAAAUGCAAGGUUUUCGUGGGAAAUAUUGGGUUUAAGGUCAGAGCAAGAGAGCUAAAGGAUUUCUUUGGGUAUUUUGGUGAUGUGGUAUAUGCCCAAAUUAUCAUGGAUCGAGUAAAGAAACGUUCAAAAGGGUUUGGAUUCGUAACCUUUAGUAAUAGAUUUGAGGCAGAAAGAGCAAUAAACUCAUCAGAUGAAGAGAGAACCCUGGAUGGGAGGGUGAUGUUUAUAGACCAACCAACAAGAAAACGAAAAGGAGGGCAACACAGCAACAGUGAUGUUUUACUUCAGGAUGCAGUGAAACAGUUUGAGAAAACUGAGGAAAAAUGUGUGACUGUGAACAAUUUAAAUGAUGACAUGUUGCUGUACAUAUUUUCAUUUCUUGGAAUGAAGGACAGAGUGAUCAUUGAAAGAGUUUGUCGGCGAUGGAGAACACUUGCUGCCAAAUCCUGGAAUUCAGUGCGCCACCUUCAAUUCAACCAUAUCUUCUGCCUGCGUAAUGGUGGCCUUACAGACGAUAUAUUUCUAGGAGUACUUAGAAGAGGGACAGCUAGCUUGGUUUCCUUGGACCUCUCUGCCUCUGCUAGUCUUCUCACAGACUUUGCAGUGCACUGCAUUGCCAGACAUUGUAGAAACCUAAAAUUUGUUGACCUUACUGGGGUAGAGGUCUCAACAUCUUCGCUGAAAUCACUUUCACAGAAGUGCACUCUUCUGGAGACUAUAAAAAUCCGGAGAUGUUAUAAAGCAGGAGAGAAGGGUUUCUGGUGGUUGUUUAAGCAGUGUCAGUGUCUUAAGCAUGUGGAUAUUUCUGAAAGUAAAAGGAUCACUGGACAGUGCUUCUUUAUGCUCCCUGCAAGUAUGGAAAGCCUUAACCUACGGGAGUGUGCAAGGAUCACUGAUGUAGGAUUGAAAUAUGUUGGAAUGAGAUGCCAAAACCUGAAAAUAAUAAAUAUCUCAGAGUGUUUUUCACUGACAGAUGCUGGAUUCCUUGAACUGACACAGAACUGUAGCAAUAUUGAGGCCCUCACAUUUGUGCAACCACCUAAAACUGUAACCAUUCAUGGACUGAGAAGCAUUGAGAAUCUCAAGAGACUGCGAGAACUAAACAUUUCACAGUGUGCUGCUGUUUCUGAUGAAUUCCUAUUUGCUCUUGGACAAUCCUGCAUCUGCCUGACUUCUCUUAACAUAGAGGCUUGUGGGCCAGCCAUCACUGAUGCUGGCCUACAAUCUCUUGCACCCUGCUUCCAACUGAAGAAACUUGUUAUCAGCUACCUAGACGAGGUAACACAUGACUUCAUCAAUCAUCUUGGACAAAAUAUCAAUCUCCAAACAUUUAUCGUUAGAGCUUGCCCUGGGUUCACUGAUGAAGGUGUCAAGUGUACGCUUCGUUUUUUUAAGGACCUUGAGCAUUUAGACUUAAGCGGAUGUUUAAAUAUCACAGAUAUGUGCACUGAGCACAUCAUGACAUACUAUGGCUCAGUAACUACCACCAGGCCACGGCUGACAAUAGUCCUGGGAGGCACACAAGUGACUGAGGAGUGUGCGCAUGCGCUACAGACACGUUGCCAUGGUUGCAAGAUAUUGAUGGAUGACUUGUCCAAUGAGAUGCUGAGGACUGACAGGGACCCCUACUUUGGCAUGCGCGACUUCUAUCCAGAGUUCGACGAAGAAGAUGAUGAUGACGAUGAGAAUGAGUUUGAAGGUGACAUGGCUAAUGGCGAUGAUCACUUCUACGAGGAUUUUCUCGAAGCAGAGGAUCCGGCUCUGCUGAACGACUACGAGAACUGGUCAUGAUCAGGAACACGUCCUAUGAUGGAACGUAUCAUAGGAUAAAUAAACAUCCUAUUCGGCUUCACCAAAGAAGUCGCAGUCUUGGCUUAGACGUCGGUUACAGCAAGCUCUCUAUUUGUUUCUAUUAAUAUUAAGGUAAACAAU